AUGUCUGGAUAUGGGUACUCGUCGGGUGACCAAUCCGGCUACUACGCCCAAGCGACAGCCUACCCUGUACCACAGUACACGCAAUCCCAAAUCAAUGCCUACUAUCAGCAGUACGGCUGCUAUCCCCCGCAGCCAUACCAAGUAAUCGCCGAUAGCUACUACGCUCAACCUGCUGCUGUCGUCCCGAGCAGUUAUACCACGACGGCCAGCACAACUUCGGGCUACACAUCGGCGUACGCGGGUGGCAACCUUGCUAUCGUCCCAGAAACACAAAGGACCUGGAGAUGCGACCUUCCAAACUGCACCUCAAGCGCCAACUUCACCCGGCUCGCAGACCUGCAACGGCACCAAUCCACCGUACAUGGAGUCGGCACUCCUGAUUUCCCCUGCACGGUGAAAGACUGCACGCGGGUGGGCGACAAGGGAUUCACGCGCCGCGACCACCUCGUCGAGCACCUGCGGAACUUCCACCACAUCGACAUCCCCAAGCGCAGACCUGGUGAGCGCAGUGCUCACCCACUAGGCCUGCCGAACUACCAGUAAAGCAGCCCUUCACUCCGCUUGCGCCGCAACGUUUCCUGAAACAAACAGGACGGACUAUCGGGUGAGCAAGCGGACGAGAGGUGCCAGGGCGAAAAGAGGAGCUGGAUAGACGGUGUGGUUGGAAGGCAGACUUUGGGAAGCUCCAGGGCUUGUCGACGAUGUUGUAUACACCUUUACCAUUUCGGG